AUGGGGCAACUAGUUGGGAAGCAAUGUCCAAUGAUACUCUUAAUGCGGCUAUUUCUACAAGUAAGACAUUAUAAUUUUUAAAUAGUAUACAGUAACAAAUCUUGUAUCAUCAUCAUCCUUGUAUCAUCAUCCGCAACGGGUUUCACGAAACUCGGAAUUUCUAUAAAAUUCUUGUUGGAAUGUGUUCCCCUACUCUAUAUGAGUACGCUUCCAAUUUUUUUUUCAAAAAUUUCCGGUACAUCCCGAGUUACACCUCUCCAAAGUCGCCCUGUUCUCUCUCAAGUCGGCGGCCGAGGAGGGGCGGAGUCUCGCUAAGUUUGCCGCACGCGUUUUUUGCCCUUGUCUGGUGGACCAAACCAAAGAGUCAACAUUUUAAAUGAACAGAAACGAUGUUCUAAGAAAGCAAAACAACUUUCGAGGUCAAAAUUUUCGAACCCGGCACCUUCAGAUUGCUCAUAUGUGAGCACUUUCCCACUGCGCCAGCCAGGCGGGGGCGCGCCGGCCGCCAAUGGCGUAGAAAAGCUGGCUGCGCGCGGCCCACUUCUAGGUGUCAAAUUAGUGUUUUUGCGCGCUCGAAUACAAAACUGUUACACUUUACAUAGGGACCGCAACGGGUUUCGCAAAACUCCGAAUUUCCAUAAAAUUUUAUUGCCGCAUGCGGAACCCCAUCAUUCCAAUGCGCAAGCAAGUUGUCAAUGGGGCGCGCUUGCAUCCACCGUCGGCUCGGAGUUUCUUUUUUCAAUUGAAACCCAGAAUUCUUUCGUUUUUCUCUUAAUAAACACUCAAAUUUUGUUCUUUGCGAACCGUGGGGCGAUUGUGUGAGUUAAAAGCAUCGAUUUAAGCGCGAAACGGAGCAGAUUCGUUCAGAAUUCACCAAAUUGAGGGAUUUUGUCGAAAACUACUGAAAAAACGGAGUUUUAACGAUCAUUUGCCGAAUCGAGUUCGAACACUGGCAUUCGAAUCGUCCAGUCAACAAAGAGUUUAUUGCGCAUCUUUUAAGCGCUCAACCGUCGAAAAAUAUACAGAAUUGCGAUAAUUGAGGCAAAUUUUCGAUUCCAACAGGAAAAAAAUUCUGUAAUUUUCACAUAAAACGCUUCGAAAUUGAUGACAAAGCAGUUAAAAUUUUAUUUUUUAUUCAUUUCUAAUCAUUAUCAUAAGUUUUGACACUGAUUGGUUCUGAAAAGAUGGGAAUAAUGCAAAAAAAGGGAAAAUUGAAAUGAGAAACUCUACAACGACGCUCCGAAAUUAUGCGUUACGCGCCUUGUUUAGCGCACCUGAAUUGCGCCAAGGGAAUUUUUUAUUGGAAGGCUGGGGUUCCGUGCCGCACGCGUUUUUUCUCAUUAUCUGGUGGACCAAACCAAAGAAUCAACAUUUUAAAUGAACAGAAAUGGUUCUAAAAAAGCAAAACAACUUUUGAGGUCAAAAGUUUCGAACCCGAAACCUCAAAAUAGCCGAGCGAGCACUCUGCCAGAGUUGAGCGGAAUUCCGUCUGCCGUCUUCCGUCUUCCGUCUUCCGUGGAUUUUUUUUGUUCCGUCUUCCGGCUGCCGUCUUCCGGGAAAAAAAUUAUCUUCCGUCUCCCGUCUGCCGUCUUCCGGGAGAAAAAUUUUCUUCCGUCUGCCGUCUUCCGGAUUUCAAAAUUCCAUUUCCGCUCAACUCUGCACUCUGCCACUGCGCCAACCGGGCGGAGGCGCGCCCACCGCCAAUCGCGUUGAAAACCUCGGUGUGCGCGGCCCCUUAUAGCCUAGUUAUAGGGGUGAAGUUAGUGCAUUUUCGCGCUGAAAUUCGAAACAUAUCUGACUGUAACUUUUUUCGGCGACUUGGAAAAUUUUCAUGCUAAACGGAAUUUUGUCGAGAAUUUCACGUAGAAUCCGAUUCCGUAAAAAUUAGCCGCGUGAACGGUACCUGUGACCCUCAAAUCCUCGAAAAACUAGAAUUUCUACUGAAUAGGCUUCACUCAAUCGAGCACAAAAAUUCUCCUAGGGUGUCUAGAGCUCUGAAAAUUUGUAUUUGGGUUCUCAGAGAGUGUAUCUAUAGAUUCCGGAAAUAAAAAAAAGGUGUCAUCGCUGAAAAUGUUCCGCUAACUUUUCUGGCAGUUUGAGGAUCUGUAAAAAAUUUCUGCGACUUGGGAGUCAAAAUCUGACUUCAAAAACGGAUUCCCCAUCCGGCAUUUAAUUCGGAGGGUACAAAAAUUAGGGGGUACAACAGGGUACAAAUUAUUUUGGGGUACAAAAAGUCGAGGGUACAAAAUUUUCGAUUCUAGGGUACAAAAAUUUACCGAUUCAGUAGGCAUUGAUUAAGGGGUACAACUUUUAUGAUUUAAGGGUACAAAUUUCACGAUUUUGGGGUACAACAAUUUUUUUCCCAUUUUUUCAUGGGCAUCAAUUCAGUGAAAAAGAUCGUUCAGUGAUGCACACGAAGAGUUUCUAAUAUUUUCAUUGUUUUGUUUUUUAGUGUUCUCUAAUUUAAUCUCUCUUCUAUAUAAUAUAUAGACUAUAUUGAUCUCUUUUCUUUAUUUAUCCUUGUUCAUUUCUGCGCUCAUUUUUGUUUUUUUUUUAGUCUAGUUUGAUUCUUUGUUAUUAUAGGGGCACCGAACAGAAAGGGCGCUCUAUUGAGAAACUUUUUUGCACUGCAAAUUGAGUGAGCUCGGGGCCGAGUUUGAAAAGUUAGGCCACGUUUUCAGUGGAAAAUUACUUCGCGGACUAGAAAUUCGGCCAGAUUGCGAACAGAGCGCCCUUUCUAUUCUGUGCCCCUAUAAUAUUACUUACAAGUUGAUUUGCUGUUUUGGCCCCUUUAAAUUCUGCAAUUUCACAGCAGAAUUUCAGCAUCUGAUGUUGUGUGUGAAAUUUACCCAAGUAAAGAUUGUUUCUCGAAAUGACACAAAAUACUGCAUAAAACAAAGCAUGGCUACACACGACUGUGUCUCGUGAGCUCUCAAAAAUUCAAAACUGGAAUGAAAACUUCGAAAAUGUGCGUCGUGCAACUUUUGUACCCCAAAAUCGUGAAAUUUGUACCCUUAAAUCAUAAAAGUUGUACCCCUUAAUCAAUGCCUACUGAAUCGGUAAAUUUUUGUACCCCAGAAUCGAAAAUUUUGUACCCUCGACUUUUUGUACCCCAAAACCAUUUGUACCCUGUUGUACCCCCUAAUUUUUGUACCCUCCGAAUUAAAUGCCUCCCCAUCCCUAUCGGAAUCACUUGAAAAUAGGCGCGUGAAGCCAUAAACUUGGCCACACAGGCUCUCAGACUGACUUCCAUUUUCGUUUUCGCCGUUUUUUGGAAAAACGGUGCGUUUUCACGGGAAACUGAGUUGUUCAUUGGAUUCAGCAUGGUCGAUUACAUAAAGGAAAACAUAACGAGUAUGGUACUUGGUCUGGGGACCUCGGUACAGGUCCUCAAACAUGAGCGCGCGAAAAUAAAGAGAAAAUUCGUCCGGCCACGCCCCCUCCUUUGCGCCCCCUAAAUACAGACUUGCAACGGGCCGGGCCAAAAUUGGAAAUUUUCCGGCCCGGCCCGGCCCGGUCGGCCCGGGAGGAUGCACCUAAAAAUUCAAAGCGAACUAUAACUUCGAAACGAACAUAAUUUUAUAGACUUAAAAUUUUAUAGACUUAAAAAGGCAAUGUUAUAGCAUAAAAACCUGUUAAAAAAUAGAAAUUGCUGUUUAAAGUCGCAAAAUUCUCACAAAAAUUACGAAAAUUUUCUCAAGAGUGGGCGGAGCCGGCCCGAGCGGGCCGGGCCGGCCCGGGAUUUGGCAAGUCUGCCUAAAUAUAACCCUCUGGGGGGAUGUCUGUUUGUCUGUUUAUUUCUCCGUUUGUCCGUUCCCAAUUUCAUUUCUAAAAAGAAAAAGAUGUGACGGAGAAAUUACAAAAUGAACACGGGAAAUUAUGAUUAGCUGUAAGAAAUAAAUAGGCGGCGAAGCCUAUUCCUUGCGUCAGCUCGGGCCACACAGCGGGCCCAGUUUUAAAACGUCUUGUUACCUGAUACGUCAUUCUUUUUCAGAUUUCCUCAGCAGUUUCUUCUGAGUUUGGUCGUUCUAUGAAUGUGAGCUUCUCGCCAAAAUCUAUUCAUGAACUCGAAGAAGAUGGAUCUGUCCAUGUGAAUGUCACGCUGAGUUUUCCGAAGCUGCAAUUUGAAAUGGAGAACAUUGAGAGUUACUAUCUGAAUGCCGAGUGAGAACUGAUUUUUUUUGUCAUUCUUCAAUGCGUAUUUCAGAGCGUACCAUCCGGAAACAGCUAUUGCUGAAUAUGACAAUGCUCUAAAAAUGGAACAGUUUCAGUUAAUUGAGCAGUUCUAUCAAACAGAAACCGUUCUUACAAUAAAAGGAAAACUUAUUGGAAAAACUGCAAUGAAAAUUCGAUUGGUUCCCGUUCACACUUGGCAAAGUGAUAAUGCCUUCAAAGAGAUUUACAAUCAGAAGAAUGUCGAGGAUGAUUCUUUGCUCGAUGUAUGGGUUGUACGUUCGGCUGACUCUCGUCGUCUCACUAAGUACUUCGUUCUUUCGGUAGUAAUUCUAAUAUCAUUAGCCAACAUCAUGAUGGGAUGCGAGGUAAAAUCAGAUUUUCAUUUUACUUUUUACUCACAUUAUUUUUAGCUCGAUAUCAACGCGGUACUGACCACAUUGAAGAAGCCAGUAGCCCCUGCUAUCGGAUUAUUUGCACAGUUUAUCAUUAUGCCUUUGCUGUCAUAUCUGAUUGCAUAUGCAAUUUUUGUGCCACGUGGAUUAUACUCGAUGGCUCUUGGACUUUUUGUCACGGGGUGCUCUCCUGGAGGAGGAGCUUCGAAUUUUUGGACUCUUCUCCUAGACGGAAAUCUGAAUCUCUCUGUUACAAUGACAUUCAUCUCUACAAUUUUCUCAUUAAUCAUGAUGCCAUCUUGGUUAUAUUUUUUGGGGCAUCCUUUCCUGCAAGGAUUUUCGUCUGAUGCUGUUAUCAAAGUUCCAUAUGCCAAAAUCGCAAGCUCUUUGAUAAGCUUAAUCCUACCUCUUCUCAUUGGAAUUGCCAUAAAGAAGUGGAAGCCAACAUGGGCUGCGAAAUCUCGUCGAGUUAUGCGUCCAUUUGUAAUUUUCGUCAUGAUUUUUGUCGUGAUCUUUGGAUCACUAACUAAUCUAUACAUGUUCCGGAUGUUAACAGCUCCCGCAUUGAUCGGUGGUUUGGCUCUACCGUGGUGCGGGUUCAUGUUUGGCUGCUUUACUGCUUUGCUCACAAAACGAUCACCUGAAGAUGUCACGGCCAUUGCUAUAGAAACUGGCAUCCAGAACACUGGUAUUGCAAUUCUUUUGUUGAAAGUGAGUGGACUUUUUAACGUUUUAAGUGUCUUCAGUAUGUUUCUCACAAGUACUGACAUGACGACUAAAGCAGUAUUAAUAUAAUACCGGCUUGGUCGUUAAAAACCUUCUAUGGAUCAUAUUCGUUCAGUUACCACUCAUUUGAAUACACUAGGUUACCUGAUACGAGCACUAGAAUCACUAAUGACCAGAUUGCAGGAGUGUCCUUAAGGCGGUGCAAUCUAGUCAUUUCUGACUUUACCCGGACUGUAACAGGGUGCCAUGUCGCUUCAACUGUCUAAAUUACUUCUAUGGGUCAUAUUGGUCAUACAUGUUUAACAGAAAAUACAAUAAAACGAAGCUUGGAUAAACAUUUUUAAAAAAAUUCCACAGGAGGGGGGGGGGCACUGGUUGGGAAAUUUCAAUCCGGAAAAAUGUUUUGGCUAGGCUGGUCAAACAGGCGAUUUCAGGCGUCUGCGCUUAUUUUCUCAACGCAGGGACGCAGCGGCGCGUUGAAAAAACAGGCGCCUGUUCGACCAGCCUAGUUUUGGCGUUUCUCAAACAUCCCGCACCUAUAAAAUUGCAGGCUUCCUUCUCACAGCCAGACGCUGAUAUUGGAUCACUCCUUCCAGUUAUUGUUGCUGCUUUCACACCAGGUCCCCUUCUUCUUGGUGCUGCUGUUCAUUUGAGCUUCAAAGCACUACGCAAACGGAGAUUACAGGUUUUAACGAAUUCGUUGAAUAUGUUAAUUUGUAAUUACAGUCGGACGGUAAUGGAUUAAUGGAAAAACAAGUAUUUGAAUUGAAUGAACCGACGAUGGUGGACAAUAAGUUGUUCUGUAAUUGCGAUGAUCCGAAUCCUGAUUAUGAGCUUGAUGUGGUUAUUGCUUCAGAAACAUUUUUACGAAGAUCAGUAUAGCUCGAAAUAGAUGUACACACUUAAUUUUUUAUUUGUCCCAACGGCAUUAAAAAAAUUUUUAUUAGAAACCCGGUAGGGAACAUUUGUAAGGUCGCUUCAACCCAGCUUAUUGUGUUCUUAUCUAGAAGCGAUUGAUGUUAAGUACAGGUAUCUUUUAAAAUGCGACGAAGUGGCUCUUUUUGAGCUCAAGCUAUCCUAUGAUCUCUCUCAAUAAAAGAUUACUGCACUCAGUGUAGUACACUGUUCCACAUAAUCAUUGUUCCACUUCGAUUUUUCACUGGAACACCCAUUCAGGUCAACAUUCAGAACAAGCUGUCAACAUGAAAAGUGUGUCAAAUUGAAAGGGUAUUCAGGUUAUAACAUUUGUUUGAACUUUACGUGACCCCAUUUUCUCAAUUUCGAAAAACAUGGAAAAUGGCUUUCUGCACGGUCUCCCACGGCGCGAAUGAUUUCAAUGGGGCGCACUUGCAACAGGCGGGCUGUGUCGAUUUACGCGGCGGCCGAUUAAUUAAUUUUCAACGGGAGUUCGUGUUCUUUCCAUGUUUUCUGUACAAUACACCUAUUUCUUGUACGCCUGGAACCUGGAUUCGAAUAAUUAGCGCACUAGCUACGUUUUGGUAACAGAAAUCUCACAUAUCGUUGAGAAUUAGCCGAGUUAUUUCGAUUUGAAGGUUUUGGCCUGGAUUUUGAAGUUUUUUGAAUAGCUUUCGAAAACUGCUCAAGAAAACUAACCGCAGGAACCUGAAUUUUGUGAAGAAAGAUUCAGCGAACAUUUUUAUCGUUCGUUGGGCUCAUGAAAUGCAAAAUGAGCUGAAAUGUAAAGGUUUGAAGUUUUGACGAAAUGCGAAAAAGACGCUAAAAACAUGAAAACUUUAAAUUCUGCAAAGAACGGUCUCCAAUCUCUAAAAUAUAGUUUUCUAGACGUUUUCAAGUCAAAAAAAAUAAAUAAAGAUCGUAAACUCGAAUUGAACUGCAUUUUCAGAUCUGCAAAUAUUCAAAAGUUACAACGACACUCCGCAAUUUACGAGCGCACUGUGUUUAGCAUUAGCGCCCUGGGAGACCGUGUUCUGGCCAAUCCACAAAAUCAUCGUUCCACUUGGAAAACCAGACUGAUUUCGAUUGAAUACGGCAUAAAUUGUUGUCGAUUAGAAAUAAAAAGUGUCUUACGUAGCCAAAAAAAAACAUAUUCCAUUAUGAAUCCAGAAGACCUAAUGACCUAGCGGUCGCCUAGAAUCCAGGUAAUACUCAUGACUGAAUUAUGACAUCUGAACCCCAAAUCCCGUUUUUCUUGUCUAAAGUUUCAAAAAAGGAUAUUCGGAAAGAAUUCAAACACAUUUGAUCACAAAAUUACAGUUCGGGACAACAAACUGUCUGUCAAUAUUUUCCAUUGUUCAGCUGACAAGUGUUACCUUUGCGCACAUGUAACGCAAUCUGUGUUUGUGAUAGCGUUCUGAAAAAAUGUAUCUGUAUUUUGCAUACCUUUAACACUCUUUUCUCUGUUGACAACAUUUCUGUACACUCUCGCUGCCAAGAGAGUUAUGCUACACACAAGUGGAAUGGAAGUGAAUAUUCGAUUUUUCAGUGCAAAACUCUACAGAUAAUUUUUUUCAGAAUGCUCACAAAAGCACUGAUUGAGCUACAAGAGCGCAAAGGGGACACAUUGCACCUGAACGCUGCAUAUUCUCUUAUCACAAUUUUAAACAAGAAAGUACCGAUUUUUUGGUCAAAAAUUCAAAAUUCAGUUAUGGUUUCUUGGCGACCGCUAGGUCAUUAGGUCUUCUGGAUUCAUAAUGGAAUAUGUUUUUUCAGCUUCGUAAAACACUUUGACUCUUUGAACACUUCGAACACUUUGAAACACUAAAACACUUAAAACAAUUUGGCGCACCCUCUAUAUUGGGUCCAAGUUACAGACCAAUCGGACUAUCGACUCUGUGUUGAAUGCUUGCAUUCGAAAUCGGAAAUCCUUCAAUUCCUUUUUUUUUCCGAAUCCUCUUGGCAUGGUUCCAUGACGUUUCGAAAUCCCAAUCGUUCUUUUCCAUCGGAGUCCUUUGUCGACGUCCUUAUCACUAAUCACCGUCUGUAAUUAAGUCGGUUUCUUUGAAACUUUCCGCUAAACCGCUUGAAGCUUCCACACCUGCGGUCUUAAUUACCGGCGGAGAUUAGUGAUAAGAAUGCCGACAAAGGACUGAUGGGAAAGUCGCCUUUACUGGAAUUAUUACAAUGUUCUUGAAUUUUUGGGCUCGCAAAAUGUUUUUUUCAGUCCGGCUAGGCCCGACGCACUGAGUCACAGCGUGGACGUUUAUCAUUGGAGCGCACUUGCAGCGCACGCGCGGGAGUUCAAAAAUAAGAAAUUUUCGGCGAAAAUUGCGUUAUUCCCCGUAUAAAAAUUGAACGCCGUAAUUUUUUUCGUUUUUGUCACAGGCCAUAUUGUAGCUGGGAGUUAGACUGUCAUUUUGAGCACACACAGAGCCAAAUCGGUGCAGCCGUCGUGUUUUCUUGUGCAAACUGUGUAGCGUUGCGAAAUAAUUGUAAAAGUUUGAGGUUACUUUGAAUUGUUUCGCAGAUUUAUUACGACUGCGACGCUUGAAUACUGUUACAUAAUGGCUAGAGACGCUGUACGGAUGAAAAUAAUCGCAACUCAAUGCAAAUAGACCGAUUUUAAAACUAUGCAAGAAUAGCGUGAAUUUCUGCCUGAAAUACAUGAAAAGCAGAAGUUUGUCAAUAUUAGAAGUUGUAGAGAUGAAAGAGAGCUUUAUCAAACGUAGAAAUGAUUAUGUGCGUGAUUGUUACGUCUUUUUGCCGUCAGAAAUCUGAAGUGUCGCUGAAAGUGAACUUUGUAGGCAAACUUCCGGCCACAAGGAUCGAAUUUUAGAAUUGUAGAAGUGAAAUAACAUAGCGAUAAAAGAAAACAAAGAAUAUUUUCAAUGAGCUUCAUUCAGUAAUCAAACAAAUUUAGUGUUCCGUUAAAAAUUUGUUGCUGGAGAUUCCUGGUUUUCAGUUGAAUAGUGCUUUUUCCUAUUCGCGUGUCCGCCGCAAUCCGAUAAAAUGAUGGGGAAAACCUGAAAUUAUUUAUCGGCGAAGAAAAUAACUGUUCUUUUUUAUUCUAACCGCUCCUCCGUGCCGCUCGGCAAUUUCCAUCAGCGUCGCGCCUUUCCAACUGCAGAAAUUGUUGCAACGAGUCCUGAAAAUUCAAAAUUGAGUUUUUUGCAACAAAUAUGUAACGAAAAAUUGCGUUUCGACAUGUUUUAAAAAAUAAAAACGAGAAAAAGAUUUUAAUUGCGAAACCACAAAAUCCAAUAACGCGCCAGGUGAGUGCAAGAUGCGCCAGCUGUCUCUUUUGGUCUCAUGUCCACGCUGUGACUCAGUGCGACGGGUCGGGAUGAAAAAAUUCGCAAGUAAAUAUAAAUGAAUUGAAACAUAUUCGGGCAGCAUUUGAUAUAGGGCGCUACAACGGAUUUGAACUUGAACGGAAUAGAAAUGUUACGAAAUAGAACAGCUAGUUGUUUUUUAGCGUUGGGAAUUCUAUUUCGUAACAGUUCUAUUCCGUUCAAGUUCUAAUCCGUUAACAAUUGUAGCGCCUGAUAUACUUCGAGUUGACCACAAGAGUUCGGUAGAGCGCACUUGCACACUCCCACUUGUCUCUAUAAUUUAGAUGUACUUGGUCAUUGUGAGCGGAUAG